UCUAGUAAUGUUCUAUUUCAAAUACUACAUGAAUCCUUAUAGAACGUAAUCAAUAUUACCAUAGACUUAAGUGUUGAGUGAAUUUUUUAUUUUAUGAAAGACAACAAUUAACGAUAUAUAAAAUAACUAAAACUUGAAAUAAUUAUAUCAAAAUUCCUACACAAUAAUCACGUAAUUGAACGUUAGUAAAAAUAAUUUGAAUAAGUAUUAAGGAAUACCUAGAUUUUUUAUUUAUAAAAGAAAAUAAUUUAACAAAUAAUAAUAGUUUGAGGAGCAUAAGCAUUACAAUAGUGAAUUUGUAUUAACGUACUGAAGUAUGGCGCUCAAUCCUAUUAUCUCAUAUAACAUAACCUUGCAAAGUCCUUUAAACAAAAGAAAUGUUGUCUCUAAUUCUACCGGAAUAGUUUGCUCUUCCAGAAAUAUGACAGGACCGUAAUAUUCGUAAGUGAAAAUAGUUCAUAUAUCACCAUUCAACAUGGUAGAUCUCAAUUUAAUUAGAGAAUAUCUUAGUAUACAAAUCAAUGAAAUAAUUUGUUGGUGGUGGUUUUACAUCAAUGAAAUUUCAUGGCAGUUGCUAAUAGCUGUUACUGCGUAUUUUUGCGUUUGUAUUUCUCUUUAUUCAAUCUUGAAGAAAGUUAACCAUACAGCGUGGCAGCUUCCGGGUCCACCUGCCAGAAUACUGUUAGUUACAGCUCAUCCUGAUGAUGAGGUCAUGUUUUUUGGUCCACUGGUGUACUGGGUUACAAGAUCAAAGGCUACUAAGAUUUUCCUCCUCUGUCUUAGCAAUGGUGGGGAUAACAAGAGGAAAGAAGAAUUAUGGAAAUGUGCAGAACUCUUAGGAAUUCCAGAAGAUAAUGUAACUAUAAUGAUGAGUACAGAGUUACCUGAUGAUCAAAAUGUACAAUGGCCAACAGAGGCAGUGGCAGAAUGUAUUUUGCAACAUAUAGAGAUUUAUAAAAUCAAUGCAGUUGUAACAUUUGAUAAACAUGGGAUAAGCAAACAUAAGAAUCACAUUUCUUUAUACUAUGCCAUUGCUGCAUUAUGCAUAGAAAAAAAAGUACCAUAUUAUUGUAAACUAUAUGUUUUAGAAUCUGUGAAUAUAAUUAGAAAGUAUGUACAACUUUUAGAUUUGCCAAUUAGUUUGUUAUCUGCUUCAUAUUGGUAUUUAAUAACAUAUGAUCAAAAAAAUAGCAUAAAAAAGGCUAUGGCUGCACACAAGUCACAAUAUGUUUGGUUUCGAAAGUUGUACAUGAUAUUUUCGCGGUAUACAUUCAUUAAUACCUUACAAGAAGUGUGUGCUCUUGAUUUGGAAUUGGAUCUCCAGUUUGAUGAUGAAUAACCUAUAUACAUUAACUUAUACUAUUGUACAAAUUGUAAUUAAUUGUACAUAUUGAAGAAUUAAAUUUAUCUAUUAAUGUACAUAUAAUAAAGACAUUAUACCAUUCUCAGAGGAACUUCAGAAACUUCAGAAAUAUUUGUAAACGCUGAACAUACAGUUUGAGUAGAAAGUAUUUUUUUAUUCGAUCUUACAGAAAUAUACAAUUGUUUAGAAAUAAGAAUGUAUCUCGAGAAAUAAGAAUGUAUCUCAAGGAAAACAAUAAACACAGUUUUUAUUAUAUGUAA